AUGCAUGUCGUCACGCAAGUCGGCUUUGGUGCCCACAAGCAAAAUCAAAAUGUCCUUGGGCGAGUGAUGCAACACUUCGGGAAUCCACUUCGACUUGACAUUCUGGAAGGAAGUAGGGCUGAUGACGGAAAAACAGCACAAGAAGAUUUCUGUUUGCGGAUACGACAACGGGCGCAAACGGUCGUACUCGGCCUGGCCCGCAGUGUCCCAAAGCCCAAGUUUUAUGGGCUCACCAUCGACCAUAACCGAAGCCGAGUAGUUGUCGAAAACAGUGGGGAUGUAAUCAUUGGGGAAAGUGUUGGUGGUGUACGAGAUCAAGAGACAGGUUUUGCCUACUCCUCCGUCGCCAACGACAACGGCUUUUAUGCUUCUCAUGGGGGGUUGGAAGAAAGUGAGUUUGCAAGGCCUGUAAAUAGUCCCAUCACCAGGAAAAAACCGCACGAAAAAGCGUGCGACACUGCUCCUGCAAGAAAGAUGCACACAGCCGGUAGAGAACGGCUAAAGCAUCGGACAAUGAAGUUGCGGCAGGAAACUCGUUAG